AUGCAAGAGUUUAGUCGCUUGCUGCUCAGCAAGAACCUAGAGAACUUCCAUCGUGAUGUUGAGCAAGCGGCACUUUCGGCCGGAAGAUUGAUACCAAGCAUUGAGAACUCCCUCGAUCCGUUGCUGCAGUUUCCAAUGUUCUUCUACCACAGAAUCGGGGUCAACUUGCAACAGAUUCCCGUCAACUGCCCAUUCAUGGCCAAAUCAUACGCCUCUCUUACCUUCGACGGCCAGAUGCGAACGGACGCAAAACACGCUGAGGCGCCUUGUGUUGUGAACAACAACAUUGUCAGCAGGAGGAGCCCCUACUGGCACGAGGGAAAGAAGAAUGACCACGAGCAGGCGACCCAGCAUUGGUCCAAGACGAUGACUGAGCAACAGCGGAAGAACACAUCCUUGAACACUUCCAAGUACCUGAAGUUUGUGAUCUACUCCGAGAUCCAGGAGAACUAUCUAGCGCAGGUUUACAACAUCUCGCCGGACUAUGCUCAAAGCGUCUAUGACUUGUUGCCGAAGCCACAUUUAGCGUUCGAUAAGGUGAAGGAACGUGCCGUAGAUGCUCAUCUGUGGUAUAAGGAGAAGAAGUUCCGAUCGACUGAAGGGUCGAAAUUGGCGGGAAUGUCGCCGUCUUUUCCAGUCUAUGGUGCUUAG